AUGCUUUCCUCAAGAGUCGCAAAGCCAAAGUUGUCCCUGAGCAUCUCGACCUCGACUGUCCCAGCCGGACGUCCAUCGCUCUCUCUCAAGUCUCCCUUGGACCCUCUGCGGUCACCGGUGUCACCGUCGCCCAUCAGUCCAACGGCACGCAAUACCAGACUGAACCAGAGGGGGUACUCGACCAUGCAACAACCGACGUACGCAUAUGUCAACUCUUCUUCAUCAAGAAGCAUCCUUAAGAAGAGCAGCAAGCCAAUCGCCCCGGCCAGAAGGCAGCUGUCUUUCUCGGAGACCCCGGUUGUUCACUGCAUCACCCCGAUCGAGGACAAGGAGUAUUACGGCCAAUAUGCAAAGAUGUCCAAGGAAGAGAGGAGGUGGCAAAGGAGAUGA